UCAUGAGACUCACCUCAUCUCGUUUUCAUAGUUUAGUUUGUUUUACUGAGCCGCCAUAUUGGAUGCGUAGCUAUGACGCAACCAUCUGAUCCGAUAAAUGGGGUAGAAAACGUAAAAUAAUAAAUAAAAAAAGGGAGGAGAUGACCUUCUUUUAACAGCUGAAACAGACUAGAUACAAUAAGUAACUUUUAACAGCUAAGGUUAUUUUUUUCUCAAGAGAAAACAAAGAAUAUGAAAGAGAAAAGGAGUCCAGAGGUGAAUCUAUUUUGGAUGGUUCACUCCAAACCCGAGCAAAACUUUGAAUGGUUAAAGACUAACUUUUCUAAACCAAGAAUGUAUUUAUUGCCACCAACCCUGAGCUGUCCCACAGUCCAGUUGUCUAACGGAGUGGAAAUCCCAAUACUUGGAUUAGGUACAUCUCAUGAUGGUGGAUACUCCCAUGAUGCCAUUGUGUAUGCUCUCACUGACUGUGGCAUUCGCCACCUGGACACAGCAAAGCGCUACGGCUGUGAGGAGAAGCUCGGUGACGCCAUCAAAGAGAGUGGGCUCCCUCGGAGUGAUCUAUGGCUCACCAAUAAACUCUGGCCUGGGGACUAUGGCUACAAAGCCGCACAACAAGCAUGCAUGGAUUCCUGCCGGGCAAUGGGAGUGGAAUAUUUUGAUCUGUACCUGAUGCACUGGCCUGAAUCAUUAAAACCUGGUUGUCCUAACAGAGAGAUGAGAGCUGAGACGUGGAGGGCUCUAGAGGACCUUUAUAAAAGAGGGGUUUGCCGUGCUAUUGGGGUGAGCAAUUUUUUGGUCCAUCACCUGGAACAGUUGAAAGAAGACUGUAGUGUGGUGCCCCACGUUAACCAGGUGGAGUAUCAUCCUUACCAGCAGCCCAAGGGUCUAAUGGAAUAUUGUCGAAGCGGUGGGAUAGUGUUUGAAGGCUACAGUCCCCUGGCUAAGGGUCAAGUGCUCAAUAAUCCUGUUGUACAGCAAAUUGCAAAAAAGCAUGGAAGAACGGCUGCUCAGAUCUGCAUUCGCUGGAGUAUUCAGAAUGGAGUUGUCACUAUACCAAAGUCCACCAAAAAGAACAGGAUACAGGAAAACUGUCAAGUAUUCGGCUUCCAGCUGGACGAGGAAGACAUGGCUACUUUAGGAGGCCUACAAGAUGGACGGCACGUAACUUGGGAUCCUACAGAUGUGGAUUAAAGAUUCAUGAGAAAACAAAUAGAUUAUAAAAAUACUUUUUGAAAUGA